AUGAAGACGAGUUUCCUUGCCAACGGGAAAGGAGCUGUGGAUGCGUGGUACAGUGAGAUCAAAGACUACAACUGGAGCAGUCCUGGGUUCGGCAUGAACACUGGGCAUUUUACUCAGGUGGUUUGGAAAGAAACCACUAAACUGGGCGUGGGUGUCGCCUCUGUUGGUGGCAAGGUUUAUGUGGUCGCCCAAUAUUCUCCACCUGGCAACAUGAACAUGCCGGGAUACUUCGAGAAAAACGUCCUUGAGAAAGACCUCACAACCACAGACAUAAUGGCAGAUGAAAGCUUUCAGAAGGAGUUCCUGGAGACUCACAAUGCCUACAGGGCGAUACAUGGUGCGCCGCCACUGACGCUCAGUAGCGACAUGAAUGAUUCAUCUCAGAAAUGGGCCGAUCACUUGGUGGAGCUUGGUACCUUAAAACACAGCGAUACAAAACAUGGAGAGAACAUCUACUACAUGAUGGGCUCCGGGGCCCCGACAGGGAAAGGAGCUGUGGAUGCGUGGUACAGUGAGAUCAAAGACUACAACUGGAGCAGUCCUGGGUUCGGCAUGAACACUGGGCAUUUUACUCAGGUGGUUUGGAAAGAAACCACUAAACUGGGCGUGGGUGUAGCCUCUGUUGGUGGCACUGUCUAUGUGGUUGCCCAAUAUUCUCCACCCGGCAACAUGAACAUGCCGGGAUACUUCGAGAAAAACGUCCUUGAGAAGGGUAGUGGACAAGUGGGGAAAGGAACAGGCAGCAGCCCCAGUGGGGAAUCUGACAAGAGCAAAAGGAAAUGUUGCACACUGCUUUAG